ACAGAAAGAAAUCCCUUUGAUGGGAUUUUUGAGAUCAGUGAAAGCUAGGGUUUUUCUAUAAGAUUUCUUCUUGGUUAUCGAGAAUGGCGCUCGUGAGGAGGUUUCAGACAGUUCGUUCUUUGUUGCGAACAGCUGGAUCAAGAGAAUCUUCCCUGUCUGUUCGGAAUGAAAAUGAGUUCUCUUGGACUCAAAUUGGAGAUGAUUUCAGAUUUGGGUGCUGGAGGAGCUAUCAUUCCUCUCUUUGUCACGCUCCUGACGCUCGUGGACAAAGCGUGUAUUCACGCUUAUAUGAGAGCCACAACGCUAACACACACUUGCUUCAAUCUACAACGAUUGCAGAGUCUUUCCCGUUUAGUAAUGACAAAAGGUCUGCUACAACGCAAGUAAAGGCUCCACCUCAGCUACAGAAAACGGGUGCCGUUAGAGUGUCGAUGGUAAGUCCUGGAUUUGUUUACGAGCCCUAUGCACUUCAGGAGAAAAUCCCGUUUUGGCGGAGAUGUUUCACAAGAAGCGGUUGGCGAAGAACGAAAGAGGAUUUUGUUCGGGAGCUAAGAAGUGCCUACGCUAUCGCAAAGUUAAGAAAGACUGGGUACUCAAAGAAUAAGUUCUACAUAGAAGCACUUGAGUUAUACAAAGAGAUUAACAUUAUGAUGGCCAAUGGUGACAAGAAGACAAUAAGGAAAAACGUGACUGAAAGGAUGUAUUCCGCACUGAAGAACGAAAUUAAACAAAGAGAAGCCAGUUGGGGUAGUGUUUACUGGGAAAUGGUUGAACCGGUCAUCAAAAUAAAAACUUUACAAGCUCGACUGAUCGGCAUUGACCGCACGGACCUUAACAAAGCAUUCAUACAGCUGACACUUGAGUUUCUGACAAAGCAGAAAUUUGAAGCAUAUGAUUCGAAAGGCAAUGUAGUAGCCGGGGACAAGAAGAAAGAGAUCCUUGUACGUGACAUCUGGGUCUUUGAGAAGUCUCUAUUUCAUCCAGGAGCUUGCUGGCGACUCUGUGGCCGAAUUAAAUUGCAACAUUCUGACAAAGAGUCUCAUCAAUUUCCUACAAAGAAUAAAAUCCAACCUGCCCUCUGAUUUUUGCUGAGUCAGUAUAAUAUAUACGGUUUGGCUUUCUUCUAUUUUUUUUUCUCUUGCAAUUGAAGCCUGAAUGUUAUCUGAUUUGGCUCUAGAGAAAUCUACUCUACGAUUUGCUAGGUCAAUCAUUGAUAAGAGAAAGAUCAAGCAAUAAAAUGGCAGCAUGUUAUGAGUAA